CCGCAGUACUGAUUAACGUUUUCAAAAGCUCCCUAAAUUUUCAAUAUUUGUGUCAUAGUUGGACACAAACUCCAUAUGGGAUUUAAAUAUUGCUCUCUCUUUCUCUCUAAAUAAAAUGAUAAUCAUUAUUUUAUGGCGAGAGAAAGAGAGAUAGAUUUUGAGGAAAGAUUAUUUGUUUUUUGUUUGGGUUCUGUUUCUUUUUUCUUUUUUUUUUUGAAAAUCUUUCAAGAAUAACAGGUUUUCGUUUUUAAAUUAUCUAAUAUGAUUCGUGAUUAUCCUGAAGUAAUGAUUGGUUUCUUGGCGUUUGGUGGUGGAUAUAAUGAUGGGUGUUUCUUUGCUUUCAAGCUAAUUGGGCUUUGAAGGAAGGUGGAGAGUUUGACUUUGAAGAGAAAGAGAAAGGGAGGGUCGGUUUUGGUGGAGAUUUUGACUCGAAUGCAAUUGGGGUUGAUCAGGUCAGGUUUUCCUAUUGAUGGUUCUGAUGUAGAAUGAUGGGCUGGAGAUUAGAAUUUUAGAUCUUUCAGCAAAUUGAUUCAGAAUUUUGCUGGGCUUCUUUUACUUUACAGUAUACAAUUUAUUUGUUCACUGAUUUUAUUUUGAUGGGAGUGAGGGAAUUGGUACUUUUAUGGGACUCUGUAAAUCUAGAGGAACUUUUUGGCAAGAAAAUCUUGAUUUGAAGCUUCCUUCUUCUCAGCUGAAGAAGGGGGAAGAGAAGAAGACUGGAUUGGCGUUUGGAUAUCAGGUGUUUUAGUGAUUGUUAGCUAAAAUGGAGGAAGAGGCUAAUUCUUGGAUUAGGAGGACAAAGUUUUCUAACACAGUUUGUCAUAGAUUAGAUUCAUCAAGACUGGCCUCUAUUCCGUUGACUAUUAAUCAGAGGGGGAGAAUCCCAGUUGCAAAAUCUAGGCUUGCUGUUACACCUUCUGCUGCUUAUGUUAAUCCUAAACAAGACCCUAUUGUUAGUCCGUUACAAAGAAAUCCCACGACAAACAAGCAGAGGGCUGUUUCCCCAUCCCCACAAACCAAGCUUUUGGAUACGUUUAAGGAGGCAAAGCAGGCAAGGUCUGUUAAGAGGAGACACUCAACUCCAAAUUCAAGAAAAUCUGAGAAAGGACUUGUUGGAAAGCUGUUUCAUCAUAAAGAUUCUCAUAAAGAUUCCCAUGAGCAGAAGCCAAAUGGUUCUAAGUCUCCAUUGAAUAAUAGUCGUCUGAGGCACUUCUCAGCUAUGAAAUUUCACGAGAAAUCCAAGGGCAAGAAGGAUUCAGCCUGGACUAAGUAUUUUGAUCACGGUGGAGGAAGGGUGACCUCAGUGGAAGCAGCUGAUGAGCAUAUGGUUGAUCUUUCUAAGCUGUUUCUUGGCCUAAGAUUUGCUCAUGGUGCACAUAGCCAGCUUUACCAUGGCAUUUACAAGGAUGAACCUGUUGCUGUGAAAAUUAUUCGACUUCCUGAUGAUGACGAAAAUGGAGACUUAGCUGCUCGGUUGGAGAAGCAAUUCAACAGAGAGGUUACUCUGUUGUCCCGUCUCCACCACCCAAAUGUUAUAAAGUUUGUAGCAGCCUGCAGAAUGCCACCUGUAUUUUGUGUUAUCACAGAAUACUUAGCUGAGGGUUCUUUGAGAUCAUACCUUCACAAACUUGAGCAGAAGCCUAUGGAGGAGAAAUUUCUUCCCUUAACAAAGCUAAUCACUGUGGCUUUGGAUAUUGCUCGUGGAAUGGAGUAUAUUCACUCACAAGGUGUUAUACAUAGGGAUCUCAAACCAGAGAAUAUUCUUAUAAAUGAAGAUUUCCACCUAAAAGUUGCUGAUUUUGGAAUAGCUUGUGAAGAGGCAUACUGUGAUCUUCUUGCUGAUGAUCCAGGUACAUACCGGUGGAUGGCGCCUGAAAUGAUCAAGCGCAAGUCCUACGGCAGGAAAGUUGAUGUGUAUGGCUUUGGACUCAUUUUAUGGGAAAUGGUUGCUGGGACUAUUCCCUAUGAAGAUAUGACUCCAAUUCAAGCUGCUUUUGCUGUAGUAAACAAGAAUCUACGGCCUCCUGUCCCAGAGCGUUGUCCUCCAGCAAUGAGAGCUUUAAUAGAGCAAUGUUGGUCUUUGCAGCCAGACAAGAGGCCUGAAUUCUGGCAGAUUGUGAAGGUAUUAGAGCAGUUUGAGAGUUCUCUUGCUUCUGAUGGAACCCUGAAUCUGGUUAACAAUCCAAUCUGUCAGGAUCAUAAGAAGGGGCUUCUCCAUUGGAUCCAAAAGCUUGGUCCACAUUCAGAUACAUCAUCAAUGCCUAAACCUAGAUUUCAAUGAAUUUUGGAUGAUUUGUAGCUUCACUUAGAUCCCAUUGUAAUUAUAAGGUUUUUUUCUCAAUUCUCUUUGCGGUUUUCAUCCCUUUAUCUCUGAGCCCAAUGUGAAUGUUAGACUGUAGGCAGUCAUUCAAAUGAAUUAUCGUUUGUACUAUCACAUUAUGGAUACAAAGGCCAUGGUUAUCAAAUUCUGAGCACAAUAGUUGUAUUUCAUGAUUACGAAGGAAUGUGAAAAAUUUUGGAUUUUCUGUAUAGGGAACUCCAAAGUCCAA